AUGAGCGGGAGAGUGCACGAAGCAUUUUCUCUUCCACUCCUGUUCGAACCCGGUAGUAGUUGGGUUUAUGGCGCGGGCCUCGACUGGGCUGGAAGUUUGAUCGAGAGAGUGAGCGGCAAGACUUUGAGCAUUUACAUGGACGAAAAUAUUUUCAAACCUCUCGGCCUGAGACGAUCAACCUUCCACCUGCGGCAGCGACCAGACAUUGAGAAGGACGCCGCCCAGAUGUGGCUUCGCAAUCACAUAGGAGAGCUGGUACCUAUCUCAUCACCGUACCCAGUUGAUGCGCAAGAUGAUUCUGGCGGCAUGGGUUUGAUAACCUCUAGCUCUGAUUUUGCAUCGGUUUUGAGGGACCUUCUGCGUGAUACACCGCUACUCCUGAAAGCAGAGACGGUGGAAACCAUGUUCAUUCCGCAGUUCCAGCACGGAUCACCUAUGUACGAUGGCUUACUCAAGCAAAAGUCACUGCAUGAACAGUUGACUGGGGAUAGCUCGGGAUAUCCUCAGGUCGCAUUUGGUCUAGGGGGUCUUGUUACCCAAGGGACCGUGCCUAACUUGCCCGCAAAGACCUUGACUUGGAAUGGCAUGCCCAAUAUUGGAUGGUUCAUUAAUCGCGAGCAGCGAAUGGGAGCCAUAUUUGUUACCCAAUUGUUGCCUCCAGGUGACCCCAAGAGUGUCGGCAUCCUAGGCGAGUUCUGGAGAGAGCUUUGGGCCCGACAUGCGGACUUUGAGGCGCCUUCUUGA